GACAAUAAGUUACUAACAACAAUAAUUUAACGGCCGUAGACCAAUUCAAAGUGACAUAGUCACAUAAAGACACGAUUUGAAAAUAACAUCAAGUGAGAGAGAGAGAGACAAAGAGAAGAAAAAAAGUUAUUCCCUUUCUUACGAAUUUUGAGUGAUCUGUGAAUUCUUUUUCAUUCUUUGGAUACCCAUUUGGUUUUUUCUUUGAAAGAGAAGAGGAAAAUCAAAUGGGUUGGAUUCCAUGUUCUGGAAGUUCCAACACUAAGAAGAAGAUUAAGAAGAAAUUGGAGGAAGAGCAAGAUAUGCGGGAUUCGAUCAAAGCCAACCCGGGGAAAUUAAAGAAGAACUCAUCUGUGAAUUCCAGAAGUUCCUCUAAAAAUGGCGACUCUGAACACAUUGCCGCACAAACGUUCCCUUUCCGUGAGUUAGCAGUUGCUACUAGAAAUUUUAGAGCAGAAUGUCUUCUGGGCGAGGGAGGCUUUGGCAGAGUGUACAAAGGGCAUUUGGAAUCUGUUAACCAGACCGUUGCAAUUAAGCAACUUGACCGAAACGGGCUACAGGGGAAUAGAGAAUUUCUUGUUGAAGUGUUGAUGUUAAGUCUUCUUCACCACCCUAACCUUGUCAACCUGAUUGGUUAUUGUGCUGAUGGAGAUCAAAGGCUUCUAGUUUACGAAUAUAUGCCAUUAGGAUCCUUGGAAGACCACUUACAUGAUGUUUCUCUUGGCAAGAAACGACUUGACUGGAACACGAGAAUGAAAAUAGCUGCCGGGGCAGCAAAAGGGUUGGAAUAUCUACAUGAUAAAGCUAACCCUCCCGUCAUAUACCGAGAUUUAAAAUGCUCCAACAUUUUGCUUGGUGAAGGGUAUCAUCCUAAGUUAUCUGAUUUUGGUUUGGCUAAAGUUGGCCCCGUCGGGGAAAACACCCAUGUAUCAACAAGGGUUAUGGGAACCUACGGAUAUUGUGCUCCAGAGUAUGCAAUGACAGGUCAACUAACUCUGAAAUCAGAUGUUUAUAGUUUUGGUGUCGUUCUUCUAGAAAUAAUUACCGGAAGGAAAGCGAUUGACAAUUCAAAAUGUGCAGCCGAGCAGAAUCUUGUUGCAUGGGCUAGGCCUUUGUUUAAAGAUCGAAGAAAAUUCACGCAAAUGGCUGAUCCAAUGCUGCAAGGCCAGUAUCCUUCAAGAGGGAUAUACCAAGCCCUUGCAGUUGCAGCAAUGUGUGUUCAGGAGCAGGCGAAUAUGCGUCCAGUUAUAGCCGAUGUUGUGACAGCUUUGAGCUACCUUGCUUCUCAAAACUUUAAGCCGAAUACGCAGACGGUACAAAGCUCUCGCCUCGGUUCUGGUACUCCUCCUCGAAGCAGGAGGGGAGUUUGAUAGUCAGAUGCAAGUUUCAUAUUCCUUACAGCAUACUCCAAGAUAUAGGCUUAUAGAUGUUAAUACUAUUUGUGUUAUUUAUGGUGUUUUUCUCUGAGUCUCGGGUUAUAGCAAAGUUGAAAUAUCUUGUGAAAUUUUGUAUCUUAUGACAGAAUUGAUCCUGUUUUCAUUUUGACAGAAGAUAUUAUUUCAGGACUCUUCCAUAAAUUUCUAAUAUAAGAGUAAAUUAAUGGAUUGAAA